GCAUUUGAUCUCUCUCUCUCUCUCUCUCUCUACUCGAGUAAUUCAAUGUCUAACGAUCCCUCCACCACCACCUCAUCCAUUGCUGGAGACACCACCACGGCAACCACAGACGAUACCAUCAGCACCGCCACCACCAUCCCCGAAGACGCCACCAGUUCGACCGCCCUAACCUCCACCACCAAAGCCUCAACCUCAUUAGACUCCUCCUCAUCCUCAACCUCCUCCAAGCCCCAAGCAGCAGCAAUCCUAUCCCUCUCCGCCAUCCUCCCCUCCCUCUCCUCCACCUCCCACACCACCGCCCGUUCCCUCCUCCACGACCCCCACACAUCCUCCCAAAUCUCCUCCCUCCUCAAACAACCCGACUCCGGCGCCGGCGACAACAACCUCUGCCGCUGGCUCUACGACACCUUCCAGUCCUCCGAUCCCGACCUCCAGCUCCUCGUCCUGCGCUUCCUCCCCCUCGUCGCCGGCCUCUACCUCUCCCGCGUCCCCCUCCGCAUCCCCCUCGCCGGCUUCGAGGCCGUCCUCCUGGCCCUCUACGCCCACGAGACCGCCUCCCGCGACGGUCAUUCCAUCACCGUCAACGUUCCCGACGUGUCCCACCCCAGCCUCUACCACGAAACCAAGGCCGCCGCCGUCAAGAGCAACGCCACCGGGCUCAACUUGACCGUUAUAUCACCCAGCUUGGAGCCUCACGGCACCGUCAGAUCCACACGGAGGGCUAGGAUCGUCGGGGUGGCGCUGGAGCUGUACUACACCAAAAUAUACGAAAUGCCAGUCGAGUCCAAGAUCGAUUUCUGCGAGUUUUGUAAGGUUUGGGCUGGUCAGGACGGAGAAAUGUACAAACAGGACUUGGAAAAGAGUAGUGGAAACAAAAUAAACGAGGGAAAGGAGGAGGGUAGUUUGGGGAAUAAUGAUAAGGAAGGGAUGGGGAGGGUUCCCUUGCCAUGCGAAUUGCUGCAACCAGUUUUGAGGAUUUUAGGGCACUGCCUCUUGUGCCCUAAUCAGAACAAGAAGCUCACAGAUAAGGCGAGUGAAGCGUGUAGGAGUCUGUAUGCGAGGUCUAUGCAUGACAUCAAUCCCAAGGCAAUUUUGGCUACUGGGAGUUUGCUUAGGCUAGCUAACAUGGCUUUCGACUCCACCAAGCAAGACCUUUUUGAUCCAACUGACGUUCCCAAGUCUAGAGUCAUCUCUAUGUAGGUAGCUACCUAGCUAGCUUCUAUGUAAUCGUUGUACAUCAGCAAUUUCAUUUUUUUUUUUGUAAGAGUGUUCAAAUUUGUUCGUAUCAAAA